UAAGUCCCUCAGCUUUGGGUUUAUCUCAGCUGGGAAAUUGAGGGUCUGGGAAACAGUGCCAGAAUGUCGACCAAUGUGUUAACACCCGAGCAAACUGCGCUGGUUCAUCAAGCCGCAAGCGUUCAAGGCUUAAAAGAGUACAAAAUCAAUAUAAAUCCUGGAUCUUCCAAAGGCGACAACUACUUGGGAAUUAUCCACUCCCUAGCCGUGGAAGGGAACGAAGCCAGCUUGUUCCUCAUACUCAAAACUGCACAUACAAGCGAAGAGGUGCGCAAAGCCAACCCCAUUCCUCAAGCCUUCCAGCGGGAAGCCUUCAUCUACAGCAUCGUUAUCCCAAGACUGCAGCAGAUCCAAGAGCAAUAUGCCAUCUCAAGCCCUUUCACUGGAGUUGCCCAGUAUUACGGUUCCUGCCUGGAUCUUCACAAGGAGUCCAUCUUGCUGCAAAAUCUCAAAGAGUGCGGCUACAGGCUGUGGGACCGCAAGAAGCCCAUGGAUGACGCCCAUAUUGGGUUGGUUUUUUCGGAAUAUGCGCGCUUCCAUGCAGCCUCCUUAGCCUGGAGGUUUCACUAUCCAGAAGAGUUCAGCUCGCUCACCAAAAAUAUGCAUCAGAAUGUCGUUGAGGCGAAUAACCCGGGCUCCAGAGAACGGAAGAAGGAGAAAUUGAAUGGGUACUUCCAGGUGGGGAGAGCGGCCACACAAGGAAACGCGAAAGCUUCAGCAGGAAUUGAGAAGUUGAGGUCGGAAAUCGCGCAGUUGAUCGAACGCAGUCAUUUCCUGGGGAGGGACCGAUUUGUGGUGCUCCAUGGGGACUGCUGGUGCAACAACAUGCUCUUCAAAUAUCACGAUAACCAACCCAACUCCCCAUCCCAAGUGUGCUUCAUCGACUGGCAAAUUUCCAAGCUUGGCUCUCCCAUUUUGGAUCUGGCGUACUUUUUCAGCGUCUGUGCCCCCAAGGAGCUUUUCGCCAACUUGCACAAAUAUCUUGCAGCUUACCAUCAGACGAUGGCGAAGAAUCUGCGAGAGUUCGGCUGUAGGCCCGAUGAAAUCUUCAGUUGGACGCAACUGUUGGAGGACUGGAACAGGAACGCUUGGUAUGGCGUGUUUCUGGCGAUGAUGAUCAUCAAGCUGAUGCUGUCCGAUGCAGAGGAGGCGCCAGCAAUGAACGCCGAUGCGGACAUAAUUAGCUCUUUGACGAAUUUCAGCAGCAGAAAGGAAGCGGAAUUUGAGAAGAGGUUGUGCGACUUGGUGGAGUUCAUGGUUGAUCAUAAUUAUAUUUAGUGGGUUGAUGAGUUUCUGAAGGUUUUCUUGUACCUGGUAUUCAAUUGAUUAAUAAACAAGUACAUAUGGUA